GUUCCAAUAUCACGACUAUAUUAUUUACGCGUCAUAAUAAUUUAAUAUUUUUUAGAUUUGCAAUUUAGAUCGCUAAAACGUGAAUUUUGUAAUGAGUGGAUCAAGAAAUAGGUACGGUAGGCGUUCUUCCUAUCAACACCGUCAGCACCAAACGCAAUCGCAUUUUCAACAUUCACACAGCCAGGAAAAUAGAGAGUCUGCAAAGCUUUCACGCAUACAUUCACUUCUUUCACGUAUAAGCGAUGAAAAUGAGAGACGUUUAUCUCAUGUACAUCAAAUUAAUUCCCUACUGUCAGACCCUUGUUCGUCUUGGGAAAAAAUGCAGAUAUUCGAUGCAGUUACUCGAAUACAAGGAAAUUCCUCAGUAUUUGAAACUGUCUUUGAAGACAUUCGAGCGACCGUAAACUUUAAAACUACCGUGGCAAAAUGUUUAGCCUUAAUUGCUUUUAAUUUGAAUAAUGAAAUAAGUUCAUAUUUUCAUUGGUUAUUUGAAAGGCUACAAAUUACUAGUACAAAUUCUAUUGAAAGAGAAAAGGAACGUAAAAUUUGGUUAUUGUUCUCUCUUAAAGAGGUCCUCUCACGCAAUGUUUCGGGAACUUCUCAAAAUGUCUCGACUUCGGGACCUUUCCAGCAAUUUAUUCCUGGACUUCUUCAGGAUUUGGAAGGCUUACUUGACUCGAUGGAUAGGUCAGAUUGUUUUCCGGGCAUCUUAGAAGUGUUGGAAAAAAUAGCGGAAAAAUAUCCCCAAGAAUUUGGAGAACGAUUUCAGGAUGUAAUUGAUUUAUUGGUUGGAUGGUACAUUGAUACAUCUGUAUCAGACUCUCUUCAAAGUCUUAUCGCUGAAACUUUCAAAAAACUACGGCCUUUUUGGUCUCAAUAUUUAAAUUUUGCUUAUGAGCUGAUGAGUCAUUUUUUGGCGGACAUGGAAGUUUUCACAGGCGUGACUGUGUCUCAAGAAGGACCUCAAAUUGACAAGAAAACGGCCGAAGAAGAGACAAUACAGAGUAAUAUUAAAGCGUUGUUGAGUUGUUUUCAUGCAGUGGCCGAUGCUGUUGCCACGAUUUUACCUCAAGUAUCAUCAGAUGAAUUUAAUGAAACAACAAUUAAUGAAAGUACGCAUCCAUAUGAUCGACUUCGUGCUUGGAUUAUUAAGUUCAUAUUGGUUAUAGGAGAAAUGUAUAUGGAUGCUGAAUGGUUCGAAAAAGGAAAACAAAUUAUCCAAACAUUGAGCAUGUCGCGAAAACCUUUUUUUGUACAACAUCAAAUUCAAUCAGCUAAAUUUUGGUUGUUGCAAAUUCACAAUGGUUUUCAUAUGGAUCUUUCGAUACAAAGCGUGGAUGAGUGGUUUGAUGGAUUUCUUCAGACUCUUGCACAAUGGAUACCUUCAAUUCAUCCUGAGGUGAUAUAUAUUCUAAUAAAUCCAGAUUCCGCUUUGAUGAAACUUCGCUGGAAUUCUUAUAGUGCUCGUAUGAGUUCUGAUUUACUGGAUAUGUUACAUAUUGUGCUUCAAAAUCAAGCUUCUUUUAUUCCUCGAUCUGAAACUGAUGAAAUGACUUUGAUUCAUAAUAUAACAAGUGAAAUUGGAAGAAUGAUGAGUAUAUUAUUUCAUUCAGAUACUUCAUCAAGAAUCCCUUCACAGUUACAUUGGAGUGAUAUUUUGAACAGAAAUGAAUUUAAACAUGAUCAAACUUUAGUUCAAUUUAUCGAGAGCUUACGAUCUCUUUUAAAUUCUAACGAUAGCUCAUUGAAAGACUGUUCAAUAAAUAUUAGGACCGCUACUUCAAUACUUAUCUUCGAUAUUGAAAUUCUGACAGAUCUUGCAUAUUCAUGGCAUCACAAUCGAGAAAUUUUUUGGGUUUUUUAUGUCAUGUCAAAUAAGAUCGGGGAAAGUGGUCAUUUUGAUGUUUUAGUUAUGUGUACUUUGCUUAAGGCUUUGCGGCGAACGUGUCGAAGUAAGAAUUAUUUUAUGACCAAAAUCGAAAUUGGUUCUCCACUUCCCUCAGCUUUUUGUGCCAUGGUUACUAUUCUUACUGCAUUCCUUCGAUUUCCAAAUGAAAUCUCAUUAAGUACCUUAGCUUUAGCACUUGAUUGGUUUAAAGAAUUUUUAGAAUUUUGUGGUGGUUACCAAUUUCAUUCAAAAGAAAUAAAAGAAAACGUUCGAAGAGAAAUUGAAAAUAUUAUUAUUUCUUUGGUUAUUACUGCAAGAGUUGUCAAAAGUAAUGAUAUUCGUCUUCAAAUACCUAAAAUUAUUCGUGGUUACUUUGACGUGUUUGGAUCUCUUAAAUUGCAUAAGAACGCUAUGAUCAAGAUUGCACACAGAUUGUUUGAUUCAGACAUCAAUAUACAAAGUGAAUUUUCAAGAUUAAUUGAUUACCUUAAUCCUCUCUAUGGUACUUUUCGAAUUGACCCUUUAGUAGAUCAGUUUAUCGUAAAUUUUAAAACGAAUGUUUCUGCAACUCCUCAUUUAGGCAACUUUAGACCACCACACUUUCAGAUUGUAAUGUCGCACCUUGGCAUGAAAGAUUUAUUAUCUUCUCAAGAUGAACCAGAUAUCAUAAAUGAUGAUGUAUAUUAUAAAGGUCAAUGGCGGCUUCGAUUGUUUCAUUCAUGUCAGUCUGUUGAGGGAUUCGACAAAGGAAAUCCUAUUGAAGAAGAGGAUGAUAUAAAAUUUGUAUAUUCAGAAAGUGAUAUAGCUGGUGCAAUUGCCAACUCUAACGAUCUUCUCACGUUUUGGAGCCUUUGGGAAGUCGCUCGUUAUUGUGUAUUGUCUAGGCUACGGACGCCAUUUGGAGGACCUAAACAAACAUUCGACGCUUUUGAAAAAAGGUUAAAUGACCUUCUAAUACAAGAUGCUACUAUCGUUUAUAAGCUCGAUGAUACGAGUAUUCAUGAUAGUUUGCAUAAUUUAAAUCAAUUACGCGAUUUAUUGGUCCUAAUCGAUCGCUUGGAGCUUCAAAUAUACAAUGCAGCUGUUGGUACCGCUCUUGGACAAUUGCCGCAAGCCCCACGUGCAAGUAUAGUUUUUUUUAAAACCAAUCGCAAAGUUUGUGAUGACUGGUUUUCUCGAAUUAGGUCUAGUAUUGUAAAAGGUUCCAAGAUUGUUGGUCAUGAUACUUUGGCCAUUAGGCAUUGUCUGCUGUCUCUUGCGGAGCGAGUUAAUUUAUUGAAACAAGGCGUAAUUAAAAGCAGAAUGACAUGGAUAAUGGAAUUCCAACAAAUGUUAAUGGAUGCUGUUCAGUGUCUCCAAAGAAUAAACGCUGUUGAUAGUAUAAUUGGGUUAUUAAUUUGGUCAAAACGUAUUUGCGUAAGUAACGAAAAAUCAGAACCUAGUUUAUUGGGUCAACCUGAUGACAUGCAGACAGGAAACAAAACUAAUAUAGCCGUUUUACCACAGUCUCCUACCCAACGAACUUUGCUUCAGCGCAAACCAACAAACAAAACCAUUCCAAAUUCCGCUCAUUUUUAUUGGAUGAAUAGUUCUCAUUUAUUUGCGGAAGCAAAAUAUGAAUCUGCUGCAAAGGAGAGUAAAGAAGCCCUAAACAGUCUUCUUAAACUUGAUCCAGAAAUGCUAGUGAUAUCUCCGCAAGUUCAAUUCUUGACUUCUCAAAUAAUUGAUAGUUAUUGUAAAACUAAUGAUUUAUCUUCUCUCGCUGAAUGGUUAAAUGUUUUUGAUCUUAACGGAAAUAUCACAGACCCUUUGGCACAGUUAAACCAACAUUAUUUGGAAUCGUUGACCAAACACUACGUUGGAGAACAUUUUUCUGCAUGGGAACUUAUUGAAUCUAAGCCCCCACAAAUAUCUGAGCAUCAUAUUAAUCUUCGUGCAGCAAACUUUAUAUACUCUCUCUGUUCCUUCCGUGGAAUGCUAGCGCGAACUCUUAAUGUAGAAGCUUCUGAACCAAACCAUCAUUUCGUAUAUGCUAUUUUGAAAGCUGCUUCUCGAUAUUCCUUUGAAAGUUCACUCAUAAAUACAAUUCCAUUGUUGGCUAAAGCAUCAAUUGCAAAUUCUGACGUUGAAAGCAUUCAAACAUUUUUGAACGAAUUUGUAGACUAUACUAAAGAAUAUCAGCACAUAUCUUUUACAGACACUUUUGUUAGUGAUUUAGAGAUAUGGAGCGCAUUAAAUUCAAGCAUAGAUCAGCUCACUUUAAGAAAUGAAACUUCUCAAUCUAAACAAUUGCAGGAAAAAGUUGAUGUAUUUAAGCUUAUGAUGGCUAAAAUCGCAAGAAAAAGUUCUGCCUUUCAAAUUGCAAAUUCACUUUUAGAUCACUGGAAGCAAGAUUCACCUCCUGAAGUUGUUAUGGAACAGGCUAAAACAAUGUACGCUCAAGGCCAAUCCCAAGAAGCUAUUAUUCGUGCUUGCUCAGUAUUUGGCGAUAAUAAGAAUAUUUCAGCUGCUUUUUAUGAUUUGCAAGGAUUUGGACAGAGGAUUUAUCUAAAGAUUGCCAAAUGGUUACAAAAUUCGGAAAAUGUAAUAAGUAAUGAAACCCUCUCCGAAAUCCAUUUCCUCCUGAAUGCAACAAUCACAAAGGAAACCAACGAAACCGAGCCUAUAAAUUAUGUCGAAAGUAGGUCUAUUGUGGAAUCUUGCCUGUCACGCGCUGUCGAAGGGGAUAGUUCUUAUGAUAAAGCUUGGUUCUCAUAUGCUACGUAUCAUUAUCAAAGAGGACGACAAAUACUUGAAGAAAUUGGUAGUAAUAAAACUACCAUUAAUUUAAUUACUGUCCCGCGAAAUAAAAUUCAAGAACUUGUAACAAAUGAUUGGAAAGAUUCAAAUCAUGACAAUUUGGUCGAAUUUGAUGUAUUAUUUAAAGGUUUAUUUCAGCUUUUCUUAAGAAAAUUCGAAUCUCGUUCCAAAUUUGAAAAUGAUGAAUUGGAGUUUAAGGAAAUUAUUCCUUGGAUUUCUGAAAAAUCUACAGAAGAAAUUAUAAAAAUUUUCCACAAUUUGCAAGAAGAAAUUUUUACUUCUUACAAAUGUGCAGUAGAAGGAUAUUUUAAAUAUCUCCAAUUAGCUUAUGGAAAAAAGAAUGAAAGAAUGAAUAAAUUUGAGAACGUUUGCAAUAAACCUGUUGAAGAAUCAGACAUAACUACCGCAGCUCUUAGGUUAUUUAGAUUAUUAGUGAAGUAUGGAACUUGUUUGGAAUCUCAAUUUACUCGAGGAUUUGACAAUAUAGAUUAUAGAGCCUGGGAAAAAAUUAUUCCUCAAUUGUUUUCGCGACUAGAUCAUCCUGAGCCAUUUGUUCAACAACAACUAUGUAAACUACUUUGUGCAAUCGCUAUUAAUUCACCUCAACUAGUCGUAUAUCAUACAGUUGUCGCAUCAAACUCUAGCGGAGCUAGCGAACAGAAUAAUCAGUUACUUAAGAAAAUUGCUGAUAGUUUGGAUUAUUCGAAUGGUGCAUUAAUUGCCGAAAUUCGUAAAGUCAUUAAGGAGUUACAGCACAUCACAGUUUUAUGGGAAGAACAAUGGUUAAACAAAAUCAGUGGAUUACAACUUGAUAUCAAUAGACGAUUACAUAAAGUUGAGAAUGAAUUCGAAAGAAUUAAUGAUAAUCUUAACUUGACAUCUGACCAGAGAAGUAAAAUCACGAAGGAAAGUUAUGAUGCAAUCAUGAAACCUGUAAUUUCGUCUUUUGAAAGACUGUAUAAUAUUACUAUUGCAACAGCGUCGACACCACAUGAACAGUGGUUUAAUCAAACUUUUGGAAGUAGAAUCCGUAAUGCAUUAGAAAAAUUACGUACUCCGACUUCAUGGAAUACGUAUAAGGAAGGAUGGGAUCUGUUCAGGAGUGUUCAUAAGGACUUGACGAAAGAGUUACAUACAAGUCGAACAUUAAAGCUGUCAGAUGUUAGCCCAUUCUUAAGUAAAAUUAAAUCGUCGCAAAUUACGAUGCCUGGAUUAACCACGCACAAUGAGACUGUCUUCAUUCAAUCAUUUAAUGAUAAUGUAGUCAUUUUACCUACAAAAACAAAGCCUAAAAAAUUGGUUCUUCUUGGUUCUGAUGGGAAGCAAUAUGGAUAUUUAUUCAAAGGCCUUGAAGAUCUUCAUUUGGACGAGAGAAUUAUGCAAUUACUGCGAAUUACAAAUGAUUUAUUCAAUAGGGACAAGCAGUCUCGUAGCAGAAAAUUGAGGGCUAGACACUAUGCAGUGAUUCCUUUAGGUGACCAUUCAGGUAUGAUUCAGUGGGUCGAAAAUGCUACAUGUAUGUUUGUUCUCUACAAGAAGUGGCAACAUCGAGAACAUUUUGCAAAACUUUUACAAACUAAUAACAAUGCGGAGAUCGCUGGUAAUCCACUCCGACCAAGUGAUAUGUUUUUUGAAAAAAUUGGAAAGGCAUUAAAGAAAGAAGGAUGGGCUACAUCAUCUUCAAGGCGCAAUUGGCCAAAAUCCGUUUUGAAAUCAGUAUUCCUUGAAUUAAUUUCGGAGACUCCUUCAGAUUUGUUAGAAAAAGAAGUUUGGUCAUCAUGUUCUAGUCCUUCUGAAUGGUGGGAUAAGAAUAUUUCUUUAUCGAGAUCAUUAGCUGUAAUGUCAAUUAUAGGCUAUAUAAUUGGAUUAGGUGAUAGACAUUUGGAUAAUAUUUUAAUCGAUUUUAAUCAAGGAGAAGUUAUACAUAUUGAUUAUAAUGUCUGUUUUGAGAAAGGGAAGAAAUUACGUGUACCGGAAACUAUACCUUUCCGACUUACACAAAAUUUAGAAACAGCACUUGGCAUCACAGGAGUAGAAGGAGUCUUUAGAAUUGCGUGUGAGCAUGCACUUAGAGUAAUGAGGGAGAAUAAAGAAAUGUUAAUAACUUUGCUUGAAGCUUUCGUUUAUGAUCCUUUAGUCGAUUGGAAUCAAGAUUUAUCAGAAAAUAAAGAUAAACAGAUAAUGGAACUUGAAGAGAAUAUUGUGUUGUUAACUUCAAGAAUCGCUGAACUUCGAGUACCACUCGAGAAUAAUCAAAAACAACUAUCAAGUAUUGUAUCGGACUUCUUAAAAUCAUAUGAAAAUUUACGUAAUAAUCAUAAUGAAAACGAUCAAAGUAUUGAAACACCAACAAAUGAUCCACAACGAUCCCAAAGUAUUCAGGCUGAUCGGAGCCUUAGUAAUAUUGAAAUAAUACGCCAAGGGGUAGUAAAGAACGUUAAUAAUAAUCAGUUAGAAUUUGAAAGUCUAAAAUCAACACUCUCAAAGAGAGCAAGUGAAUGUGCAUUAUGGCAUGCGCAACAUGAAAAGGCUAUCCAGUCUGUACAGGGACCACUUUUACAAGUAAUGUACAAUGAAGCUUUUGCAUCAAGUUCACAGAUUGGAUCACCGCUGUUUGGAAAUUUCACACAAAUUAUAUCGACAAAUGAUCAUCUCCUUCAACGUUGUUCAAAUAUUAAUCAAGAAUUUUUUGGGUGGAUGAAUGAGCGUAAUAAUGCAUUUAAGAAUUGCCUUGAAAGGUUACAAUUUUAUCGAGCCUUAAUACUUCCAAUUAUACAAGUAUUAUUAUCCCAAGAUUAUUAUGGAAAGUGGCCGCUGUUGCUAGGAGAAUUUUUAGAUUCUGGAUUUGAAAAAAAAGAUUUUCAAAAAAUAUUUGAAAAUGUUAAUUUGGAGAACCCGCAUCAUCAAUUUGGAAAUGAUGGAAAUGAUUUUAAACAAAAUUGGGAAACACUUCAAAUUUCAUGUUCAAAUAUUCUACAAGAAAGUUUAACAAUCACUGAAGCUUUAGUGAUUUCGUCAGAAAAUGGUAGAUUAAGUGACUCAACUUUACACAUUAUGUUAAACAAUUUGAUUUCUGAACAGAAUUUGAAAGGGCAAAAAUUUGGAAGAAUUCUUAGCUUGGCAUGUACAGUGAAUUCACUUAUCGAAUUAAAGGAAAAAUUGGUCAAUCCUAAUGGAACUAUGGACGAAGUGUUCGGAUUUAUGGGAUUUGAUGAUAAUUUCCAACAAGCAGUAAGAAAUGUAUUAUCUAAUCAAGUAUUAGAUAAAUCUGGUUUCUUAACCUUCAUAGGAACAAUCUUCUUCAUUUAUCAUCAUAUCCAUUUUGCAACAGGUACACUUAGAACUAUAUUGUAUACUCAUUAACAUCUCUUGUUUUG